AGCUACACCGUAGAAGACGCUUGAAAGAAAGGGCAUUGCCAUAGGGAAAUCGGUCUUCGGUCAAGGAGCAUUUGCUUUGUCAAGCUGUUCUGAUGAAUCCUGUGGAAAAUCAACUUUGGAGCCAACCACAUUAGCAAGGAGGGUUGAAUAAUGGAACUGGGGAAAGCGAAGUUGCUGAGAACAGGCCUUAAUGCUUUGCACCAGGCCAUACACCCUGCACAUGGGAUUGCGUGGACAGAUGGCAAGCAGGUGGCACUGACUGCCCUGCACUUUCACAACAAAGAAUUGCGGUUUGGCGACUCAACUGUUAUUGGUCAGUUUGAACACGUCCAUGGACUUUACUGGAGCCCAUGUUACUCGGCUGACACACCAGCUCUGCUAGCUGUUCAGCAUAAGAAGCAUGUCAGCGUUUGGCAACUGAGCCACAUUGCCUCGGAAAAGAAUAAGCUCCUGGUUUCUCAGACCUGUGAAAUUGGCGAGCCAUUCCAGUUGCUUCCUCAGGGAUGUGUGUGGCACCCAAAGAGGGAUGUUUUGUCUGUACUUACCAAAAGGGAUGCUUCUGUUUUAUAUGCCGUUCGUUCAGACAACUCCAGGAUUAAAGCAGAUAUCAAAAGCAGUGGUCUCAUCCACUGUGCUUGCUGGACUAAGGAUGGCCAUCGCUUAGUCGUUGCUAUAGGCAGCGCUCUUCACUCCUAUAUAUGGGACGAUGCCCAGAAAACAUUAAACGCUUGUUCCUUUUGUCCAAUAUUUGAUGUUGGAAGCUACAUUUGUGCUAUUGAAGCCACUUUGGAUUUUCAAAUUGCUGUGGCUACCGAACUCCCCCUUGAUAAGAUUUGUGGUUUAAAUGCAGGCAUUACAUUUGAAUUGCCUGUAGGAACGGAAACGGGUUCUUUAACUUCGCAGUCUACACUGGUGCUUGGGGAUGAGGAAUACUCUAUGGAUCUGCGAAGAAAGUCUAUAGAUUCAGACAAAUCAAUAGCUGUUGAUUCGGUAGCUUCAUCUUCCUCGGGCCCAGUUGAUUUAACCCACAUCCUUUCAAAUCACCGGAGAUCUGAUCCCAGUCCUCUCAUUCCUUUGAGAAGGAAGGAUUACCCUUCAGGAACUGGCCAAGAUUCGUCACACUUGAUCUUAGUGACUUUUGAAGGAAAGGUAACCACAACCAGGAAAGUCAGCAUUCCAGGAAUUUUGGUCCCUGAUAUUAUUGCUUUUGACCUUAGAGCUCAGAUUGUGGCAGUAGCUUCUAACACUUGUAACAUUGUUUUGGUUUACUCAGUCACCUCAUCCUGCAUGCCCAACAUUCAGCAAAUCCAACUAGAGAAAAGCGAACGACCCAAGGGUCUGUCCUUUUUGACAGAGAAACUCUUACUAGUUCUGAUAGGGAAGCAGAAGUUCACUGAUCCCUCACUUAUCCCAUCAUCUAAUUCUGAUAGAUAUAUCAUCCGACUGAUGAUCAAAGAAUUAAUAUUUGAGGAAGAGCCAUCAGCAAAAUCUGAUACCGCCCACAGUCUGCCAUUCAGUUUUGAGUCCUCUGUGAAUAUUCCUGGGAAAAGAAAGUAUUUUGAGAAUCUUGCUGCAGAGGAUCACAUUGUAGGGCGGGAGCUCUUAAUCCCAGGCAGCACGAUUAUUCAGUCACCUAGUGGCAGGAGACGAAUGCUGGAAGAAGUGAAGAGUCCUAGUUAUGAGCAAAGUUCAUCAUCUAGUGUGAGCGAUUUUGAUGAGAAAAGAGUCUUAGGUGACCCAUCCAUUGCACUGGAAACUUUGGAUGCGGAACCAAUUAAUCGGUCAGUAGCCCUAUUUGGUCUUGGAACGCCUACCAAGUUUUCCAAUAGAUCAGUUUCUUCUAAAGUGAUGCAAGAAACUUUGAAUUCUCCUAAAAACAGCAGCCUGGCUAAUGAAAAAGGAGCCAGUCAAAUAUCCAGGAAUCUGGAAAAAUUGUGUGGCAGCUUCAAUGACUUACAGUUGAGACUUCUGGAACUAGUAGAUUUCACAAAAAAUGGAAAGAGACUAUCUGUAGCUUACCCAUCUUCUCAAGAACCACCUUUUGUUCACAUCACCUACCAGAAGCAUUUUUCAAAUGGAGCUAUAGCUGAAGAAACAAGAACUGUUCUCCUGUGUGAUGGCAAGGUUCAUCUGAAUUUAGUCCAACGACUUUUUGAUCUGCCUAUUGUUGAAAUGAAACACGGUUCUUCUUGGAUUGUUCUUACUGCAGAUGGUGAAGGUUUUAUACCAUUAACAUUUAAGGCAAAGCAAGAGAUCAUCAUAAGGGAGGGGUGUGAUAGUUUGGAAGCCUGUGGAAGUCACUCCUUCAAAAGAAACAUCUCUUCGCAACCACCGAGCAGCGUGACAUAAUGAGGCAAACCAAAAAAAGAUGUUGUUCAACAUAAAUAACUGCAUGAGUAGAAAAUGCUCAGCAGGAUUUUUGACUGCAUUUUAAACUAUAACUCAUGUGGCUUGUGUUCCAUGGUAGCUAGUCCUCCUCACAGUAAUCUGCUGGAUCAGAUCUAGUAUGUCAUGUCUGUAUCCACUGAGGUUACAGACUGAGAUUCCUGGCACUGAAAAGGAGAAUACUGAACUAAAAGUACAGUAAUGUCAUGAC